ACUCUUAUAACAGAUGUAAAAUUAUCCAUUUAGUGAUUUUUAAAGGAUAAGAAAGCAGAAAGGGUACCAGUUGGUGGAGAGAACAGAACAGAACAAGUCAGUUAUCUAAAUGGAUGUAGUUGUACAGCGCCCAAUAUCACUUCACUGCUUACCUCAAAAUGCGAAGUCACAAUUACAAACAAGGAGAUCAUUCGCAGUCUCGCCUGCCCUGCCUGAGACUGCAGUUUCAGUGGCAGUAGCAGCAACUUUUGUUGGGGCAGCAGCCACUCUUCUUGUACAGAGAACCAAAACUUCUGAGUCCACACAGAUUGAAUUCAAAGAAUGUGAAGCUUGUGGAGGUUCUGGUAUAUGUCCAGCCUGCAAAGGUGAAGGAUAUGUGCUUAAAAAACGUUCUGAAGAAAGUGCUGAGAAGGCAAGAAAACUAUCUAAAAACAUGGCAACUCGAUUCACGGAUGGGCUUCCAAAGAAGUGGAGCUACUGCACAAAAUGCUCUUCUGGCAGAAACUGUUCAACAUGUGGUGGAAGUGGAAAGCUAAACUUGUAGUUUUGCUCUUAUAUAUGGAUAUGGUCUUGUUGAAACCAAUAUUCAACAUGAGAUAGCAUUAGUACUUGUAUUCUUGAUUCAUUCCAUUUGAAGGAAAAUUUUAUGUAUCUGCAUUCUGUGGCAAUGUAUAGUAUGUUUUUGAUACAUUUGCAGAACUAUAUAAUAUAGGUGUUAGGUUCAAAUGGACCAUUUCAGGAUUUGAAAGAAUAGGAUUUAAAUUUUUGUGUUA